UACACUUUAAUCGGCUGUAUCUUCGGUUGUGAUAGGUAUUUUUUGAUUCAAUAAAAACUGACUACCAAAGAGUACCAUUACCUCCCUCCCUGUGACCACGGGCUUUCUAGUGUUAUUAUAAUGCACCGAUCUAGAACAUCUUGUGCCUUUGUAAGCCUUUUAAUAAAUAGUUGACUAUGUCAUGCAUCUUAAUAUAUUUCUUGCCGCACUCUAAGUUAAACAUUAUUUUUAUCAGAAACAUACUGAGUGUGCAGAGCAGUCAAAGUCGAAGGUUGAUAAUAGAAACGAAAGACUCCAAACUCUAAACAAAGUUAUUAACCACAAGACUGAUGCUCAAUACGCUAGGAAGUUGUUAGCUGUGGAUCUUUCUGAAGCUCUCAUAGCUGCUAAUAUUCCUAUAGAGAAACUAGAUCACCCUGCCCUUCGUCAGUUUUUAGAGAACAGAGUUCCGGGGGCUGGAGCUAUUCCUACUGCUGCUGGUGUUCGUCAAUGGUACCUGCCAACGAUUCAAGAAGCACACGAUGUAGAACUUAAGAAGAUCAUUGCUGGAGCAGAUGGAGUCAUCAUCACCGUGGAUGAAACAUCUGACAAUGUCACCGACAGAUCAGUCCUAAACUUGGUCCUGACACCCAUAUCUGCCAGCGCUGCUACUGAUAAAACUGCUUCAUACAUCGGCGACCAAAUUUAUGUGGACAAACUAGAUCACAAGAUCAUUGCUGCCGAGGUGAUGAAGGUCGUAGAUAAGUUUGAUAUAAACCACAAUGACGUUAUUGCCUACGUGGCAGACAAUGUGGCGUACAUGUCGAAGGCGUUUACCCUUUUCUCUGCAUUCUUCGAAAACUGUAUUCACGUGACGUGUACAGCGCAUUUAUUCCACCUUCUGUUCGAAAGAGUACAAAUGUACAACGGAGAGGUGCACAAGUUUAUGCAACUGUGGCAGUCGUAUUUUAAGAACUCGGUAGCAAGGAGAAAACGAUAUAUCCACUACAUGGCUUCUAAAGAACUGUCAACAGCUAAGUGCCCGAAGCCCUGCACCACUAGGUGGACUCCAUGGCUGCGAGCGGUGCUAUGGCACGAGGAGAGACAUCGCCAUUUGGACGAAUUCUUAGCUGCUGAACACACUCAGUCUGAUUCUGUUUCUUCUAGAGAACUCCAGGACCUUAUGGCCGACGGAACAUUGGAAAGGGAUUUCCAGUACCUUGGAUCAGUAGUACCAACCUUGAUUGAGGCUAUUGAAUGCCAGGAGACGACUAGCGUCAGUAAUCACCACCUCAUAGAAAAACUGUCAGAUUUGAAGGCUUUUAUGAAGACAGAGCAGAAGUCAAGAACCCACAAGGAGUGGAAGACUAUGUGGACAGACAUUCUGAGCAAAUACGAGGAGUAUUUCGAGUGGACUGGUCAGCCUCCGACAUACUCUCAGAAAGGACUCAACUUCUUUAGAAGAACCCGCCUUCUGGACCCGAAACAGGCUGCAGAGUUGGAACCUACCAUAAGUGAGCUGCAGAUGAUUCCUCUUCUAAAAUCCUGCCCUGUAAGCCAGAUACAAUCAUACAUUGAUGAAGUAGGAUCAGUAACUCCUUCUAGUACACCGUGCUACUGGCAAAACAGACUGGUUAGGUGGCCAGUACUAGCCAAAGCGGCUAUCCUUUCUAUCUCAAUACCUAGCCACUCUGCUGAGGUGGAACGUAGCUUUUCAGCUUACUCCAGAGUGAUGACUAAGCUCAGGACAAACAUGUCGGACUCUACUCUGAGAACAUGUAAUAUGCUACACUUUAAUUGUAUUAUAUGA